AAGGUUCCGUGGAUUUUUUUUAUUCUCUCUUUGAAACUUUGAGCACAUUUGCAAGCUUUUUGUCAUCUACUGAAUCUUUUUUUAAGGUUCAGUAAAGUACCUUUUUUUUUUACAGUGUACUAUACCAUUCUUAUUUUUCUAAUCUACAAGAGAGCUGAAUGCAUUGUUUUUUUAAAUAAAUAUUCUUUGAUUUAUUUUUGAUUAAAAACAAAUAAUUUUAUAAAUAAAGAAAAAUGUUAUUCAACAUAACCCAGGUCGAACAGGCACGAUCGUAAACGGUCGUUUACGGAGAAAUACGGCAAAAUAUAUGGUCCAGUAUUACGAUCGUAUAUGGAGCGUAUACGACCGUAAACGAAGUCCGUAAUCGUCGACCUGGGAAGCCAAAAGGAUUGGGAUGAUGAUUCACAUAAAAAUGGUACGUAGAAUUUAUUUAUAAAUGAAAAAAUUUCCUUCUAUGAAAAUGUCUUUUAGGCCAUAAAAGUCGUAUACUAGGAAUAUCAUCUAAUUAUUCUCAACGUCAAUCAUAUUCUUCAUGUAGAAUAAUUGAUAAAAAAUCAUUUCGUGAUGGACAAAAAAUAUUGAUUCAUAUGAUGUUGCGUCAACAAGUGCUUCAAAUGCUGAAAUUUAUAUAGAAAAAUGUUCACGUUUAUUUUCGUCCAACAAUUCCUUCAUCUAUACUGAAUCCUAAAAUAACAACAAUUGCUAAAAGAUCAUCAGAAACAGGAAAUGCUGGUCAACGAAUUGAAAUUUAUACAAAUCAUUUUAAAAUAAAUUUUUGUACACCACCAAAUAAAAUAAUUUUAUAUCAAUUUGAUCUUGGUGUUGAAGUAUUAAUGUCUGAUGGUUCAUGGCAGAGAUGGACGGGUCGCGGUGCCACACCACCCCGCCCCGUCCCGCAGGCGGGGCGGUGGCGGGGCGCCGUGAGAUUUCGCGGUGUACCGCCUCUUCAUAAUACUGCACUUUUUUCAGUAUAA